AUGACAUCCAUCCGAGCUUCCGAUGGCAAGAUCGAAAUCGUCAACCAGCUCCUACUCCCCCACACCACCGAAUGGCUCGAGAUCAAUUCCGUCGAAGAAGCCCAUGAAGCCAUAAAAUCCAUGAAAAUCCGAGGCGCACCAGCAAUCGCCUCCCUAGCCGCCCUCACCUUCGCCCAAUACCUCACCCGAUCUCUCUCCGCCUCUCCACCCCCAGCCUUCCUCUCCUCCCCCUCCGCCCUCCAAUCCCACAUAACCCCCAUCCUCGACUACCUCUUCACCGCGCGUCCCACCGCCGUCAAUCUCGGCGCCGCCACCCGUCGUCUCGCCCGAAAACUGCAGUCCUCGAUCGACGAAGGCAAAGACGCACGGACGGUCGCAAAGGAGCUCGUGGAGGAGGGAGAGGCCGUGGCGGGGGAAGACGUGGGGAGGAAUAGGGCGAUGGCGAAGUGGGGUGGGGAGUGGCUCGUUGGGGAGGUGAAGAAAGCGGGUGGGGAGGGUAAAGAUCUGAAUGUCAUGACGGUCUGUAAUACUGGGUCUCUGGCUACUUCCGGAUAUGGGACUGCGCUGGGACUCAUCACGUAUCUGUACGAGACGAACCAGCUGGGCAGAGCGUAUUUCACACAAACGGCACCGUACCACCAAGGUUCACGCUUGACUGCCCUCGAACUCAAAACGCUCGGCAUUCCUAACACCAUGAUCGUCGAUACCAUGGUCGGUUCUCUCUUCCAACACCACACUAUCCAUGCCGUAGCUGUCGGUGCAGAUCGAGUCGCCCGUAACGGAGACACUGCAAACAAGAUCGGAACAUACAACGCUGCCGUCCUCGCAGCGCGCCACAAAAUCCCGUUCAUCGUCGUGGCACCCGUUAGCACCGUAGAUCUCGACGUCGCAGACGGAUCCAAGAUCCCAAUCGAACACCGCCCCCCACUCGAAGCCUGCAUCGUCCGCGGCGCCGUCUACAACCCCUCCGCUCCCUCUCCCUCUUCCUCCACGACUGACGGCAAGAAAGAACAAGUAGCAGUCAUGAUCACCCCCGAGGGUCUCGACGCCGACCCGCUUGGGAUCUAUAACCCGAGUUUCGACGUUACGCCGGCGGAAUUGAUCAGUGCGAUCGUGACGGAGAAGGGCGUCGCUGUGAAGGGGAAGGAUGGGCUUUUCGAUUUGAGUGGCGUUGUUUGA